AUGCAGAAAGGGUCCGGGAGGAAGAAGUGCGAGCAGGAGCCGAUGCAGAACGGAGAGGCCAUGAGCCCACAAACGCAGGAAUCCAAAAGCUCGGCAGGAGAAGAGGAGAACCGUUUGACUCCUUCAGCUCCACCGUUACCUCCAUCACCUCCUCCUCCGCCAGGGCCUCCACCAUGCCCCAGACCCAGACUGGUGUUCCACACCCAGCUGGCUCACGGAAGCCCAACGGGCCGCAUCCACGGCUUCACCAAUGUGAAGGAACUCUACGCCAAGAUCGCAGAGGUCUUCAACAUCUCACCCUCUGAGAUCCUCUUCUGCACCCUGAACUCCCACAAAGUGGACAUGCAGAAGCUGCUGGGCGGUCAGAUCGGCCUGGAGGACUUCAUCUUCGCUCACGUCAGAGGGGAGACUAAAGAAGUGGAGGUCACUAAAACGGAGGACGCCCUCGGCCUGACCAUCACAGAUAACGGAGCAGGAUAUGCUUUCAUUAAGAGAAUAAAAGAGGGCAGCACUAUUGACCGACUAAAAACAGUCUGUGUGGGUGACCAUAUCGAGGCCGUUAAUGACCAGAGCAUAGUCGGAUGUCGCCACUAUGAAGUUGCCAAGAUGCUGAAGGAGCAGCCCAGAGGAGAACCCUUCACACUGAGGCUGGUGGGACCUAAAAAGGCCUUCGACAUGAUCGGCCAGAGGACGAAGGCGCCCAAGUCCAGCGAGGGCAAAAUGGUCAGUGGGAAGGAGACGCUGCGUCUGCGUUCGAAAGGGACAGCGACCGUUCAGGAAGUGCCCAGCGAGUUUGAGGAGAAGGCCAUAAAGAAGGUUGAUGAUCUCCUGGAGAGCUACAUGGGCAUACGGGACCCAGAACUUGCAACCACCAUCGUGGAGGCCGGCAAAGACAAGAAAAACCCUGACGAUUUCGCCGAGGCUCUCGACUCUGUGCUGGGGGAUUUUGCCUUCCCUGACGUCUUUCUGUUUGAUGUUUGGGGAGCUCUGGGGGAUGUUAAAAAUGGAAGAGUUUAGAGGCAAAGGAGUGAUUUUUCAACCAUGCUCACCUUUUUAAACUGCAUCUCGCUUUACCUUUAGA